AUGGCUGCUGGUCGGAUGAUGAAGUGCUUCAUAAUGUUGAUCAUUUUUGCAUCCCGGUGGACAUGGCACAAUGCAACCGACACAUUGAAACAAGGGGACACUCUCAAUUCCACCGGUUCCCUAGUUUCAUCAUCAGGGAAGUUCUCUUUGAAUUUUACUCUAAGAACGAUCCAUGGCUCAGAUUCCAACUUUCUUUCUAUCAUGCGCAUUAAACGUGAGGCAAACAGAGCAUGGAUUGCGAACCCAGACUUACCUAUUUCAUCCUCCUCUUCCCCACUUCUCACCUUGGACACCAACAAUACGUUGAAAAUUAUUCACCAGGGUGGCGAUCCUUUUGUCCUUUCCACUGCUCCACAAACUAAUGACACUAGUACUAGUGUUGUGGCUACCCUUUUGGAUUCGGGCAACUUCGUCCUGCAAGAAGUGAGCUCUGUCAACAGAUCAACGAUCCGGGUCUUUUGGCAAAGUUUUGAUCAUCCACUAGACACAUUUUUACCAGGCAUGAAAUUGGGGAUUGACCAUAGAAAUGGCCACAUUUGGUCUCUUUUAUCACGUGGAUCUAGGGACAACCCGCUGUCCCCCGGUCCUUUCAGCCUUGAUUGGGAUCCCAAUGGACACCAAUUGAAAAUCAAGAAAGAUGGGGUGGUUUAUUGGACUAGCGGGGUCUUUUCUGAUGGGAGAUUUGAAUUUAUUUUGCCUGAUGUGUCCAAGAAGAGGUACAAUUUUAGCAUUGUUUCAAAUCAAAAUGAAGACUACCUCACUUACACUAGUAAAAAUGAUCCAAGUGCUCCUGAGCCAGAAUGGGUUCUAUUCCCAGAGGGGUAUCUUUCUGACUAUGGGGCACACGUCGAUAAUUAUAUUACAGAAGUACGGUACUGUGAUGGCUAUAACAUUGUUGGAGGGUGUGUGAAAAGGGACCGCCCAAGUGAUUGUAUUGAGUUAUUUGGUGAUGAAUUUGAGAUUAAAAAAGGUUACUUCAAGAUCAUCAACUCUACAAGUAUAAAUACUUCAAGACCCGCAAGCUGGAUUGGCACCGAUGAUAUUGACUGUAAGGCCAAUUGUUGGCAAGAUUGUGACUGCCUUGGAUUCGACUUAUCAUUUCUUAAUCAGACUAAGGAUGCACGAUGCCAAUUUUGGAGUGUGGACUGUGAGUUCAUUGAAGAGCUCACUGCCAAUACAAGUUUUGUUUUGCAGCCAAAAUCACCACAUUCACCACCUCAUAAAAAGAGGUUCUGGAUUGGCACUUCUAUUGCUGCAGCUCUAGUGGUAAUGUUGUUCUGCAUCUUUUGCUAUCGACUAAGAAGGACAAAACUUAUACUUUCAGCAGGUAAAUGCUUUGAGCAUAAUAUUAACGGGGCAAAGAUUCAGAACGAAUUACUUGACUUCAUGAAAUCUAAGAGACCUACUCAUCAUGUGAAUGGGCUUCAAAAUGAUGAUGGAAACAUAAGGCCUCAUGAUUUAAUCGUAUUUAGCUAUGUAUCUGUCUUGGCUGCCACGAGAAACUUCUCAGAAGAAAACAAACUCGGACAAGGGGGCUUUGGACCUGUCUAUAAGGGAAAAUUGGUUACGGGACGAGAAAUAGCUGUGAAGAGGCUUUCAAAAUGUUCUGCGCAGGGAGCAUUGGAGUUUAAGAAUGAAUUGAUACUCAUAUAUGAACUUCAACACACAAACCUUGUUCAGCUUUUUGGAUUUUGCAUCCAUGGUGAAGAGAGGAUGUUGAUAUAUGAGUACAUGUCAAACAAAAGCUUGGACUACUUUUUAUUUGAUUCAAGCCGAGGUGGUCUACUAGAUUGGAAGAAGCGUUUUAGUAUAAUUGAAGGGAUCACACAAGGGUUGCUGUACUUACACAAAUACUCGAGAACAAGAAUAAUUCAUAGAGAUUUAAAAGCUAGUAAUAUUCUGCUUGACGAAAGCAUGAAUCCCAAAAUUUCUGAUUUUGGUAUGGCAAGGAUUUUCACGCAUAACGAGGAAGAAGCAAAUACUAAUAGGGUUAUGGGGACAUAUGGUUAUAUGUCUCCCGAGUAUGCUAUGAAAGGAAUUUUUUCAAUAAAGUCCGACGUCUAUAGUUUUGGAGUGCUAAUGCUUGAAAUCAUAAGUGGGAGGAGAAACAAUAGCUUCUACAAUGAUGAUCGGAUGCUCAAUAUAGUAGGCUACACAUGGAAAUUAUGGAAAGAAGGUGCAGGGUUGCAGUUGAUGGAUCCAACACUAGGUGAUUCAUGCAAUGGUGAUCAACUAUUGAGAUGCAUUCAUGUUGGUCUACUCUGCGUGGAGGAACAUCCAGCCGAUCGGCCCACUAUGCAAGAUGUCGUUUCUAUGUUGACAAAUGAAAAUAUGUCACUGCCUGUACCUACAAAACCAGCAUUUUGCACAGAAAGAAAUGUGGUCACGUCUGGCAUAGCUGGAAAGGGACCAGAACUUAUAUCAAUAAAUGGGCUGUCCAUUUCCGAUUUGGAUGGACGUUAA